GCUCUAUCACCGCCGCUUCAUCUUCAAAACAUUAUUUAGAAGUUCCCUUUUUUUUUUUUUUUUUUAUAUGUAACCACCGUUUCAUAAACCCUAAAAAAAAAAUUCCACUUCUUUCUCCGCUUUGAUUUUUUCAAGAAAAAUAACAAAUUGUCGAGAGAAAAAACAACCAUAACAAACCCGGAAAGGGGUGAAUAUUCUGGGUUUGUUUAGCAACAGAACCAGAGAGAGAGUGAAAACUCAAGAAAUAGACAUCCACAUUUGUGAGUUUUUUUUUUUUUUUUUUUAUCUUGAAAAAAAUAACUUUCAAAACUUUCACAAAAAAACCAAACACAAAAAACUUUCAAACUUAUUUUCUAAAAAAAUCCAAAAACUUCAAUCUCAGUCGAGCUCUCUGACACUCUCUCAUUCCUGUCGCUCCGUCGCCGGCAGCGUCGCCGACUCCCGUCGCCGUCGCUGUUUCUCCCUCCCUUCGCCGUCGCUGCUUCUCGCUCCCGUCACCGUCGCCGUCGCUGCCUCUCGCCGUCACUGCCUCUCGCCGUCACAAAGUAGUGGGAAAAUGGUUUCUGAAUUAAUAAAUGCAAACCCAAUUGUGUAUGAGAAGAAAGAACGUCGAGCAUGAAGCAUGCCAACUGUUGUGGAAGAGUAUGCUGUAGAACCCAUUGACCAACAAGAAGUUUUUGAUCAUGUAAGAGAUAUAAAAGACCUAGAGCAUCCAUACUCUUUGGAGGAGCUCAAAGUAAUAACAGAAGAUGCAAUUGAAAUAGAUGACCAGCAAAGUUAUGUUAGGAUCACAUUUACUCCCACAGUUGAACAUUGUAGUAUGGCAACAAUUAUUGGUCUUUGCUUGCGAGUAAAACUUUUGAGGAGCUUGCCCUCUCGUUACAAGGUUGAUAUUAGGUUGCCCCUCGAUCUCAUGCAUCCGAGUCUGCAGGAGAUGAUUUUACAGGUGUGCCACAUUGUCAGUGAAAUUCCAUCAAUUCAAAGUGUUGUUUUGUUGGUAAAUACUGACAUUAUUUGAAGUUCUCAAAUCAUAAGUUGCAUGAUGAGGUUUUUAGCUUACAGCAAAUUGAGGCUUAUGGUGCCUAAUUUUAUGUGAGGAUUACAUGCCACUGUCCUUGAUUGUGGCAGUGAAGUUGAGGUAGGUUUUAUGAUCAAAUCUUAGAAAGAAUUAGAGCUUUUUAUUUUUUUUAUAUAUGGGCAAAUAAUAUCCGACUGAUACAAAAUUUAACA